GCUCCCGUUUUGUCAAAACUCGUGACACGAAAGUUGGCGCCAAGAUUCCACUCAAGUUGUUGAAAAUAAACAGUGCAUCGUGCAAAGAAUUUAACUGAAAUAAAAUGGAUAAAGCAACUGACGAUCUCGCCAACAUGAAUCUCAGCGAGCAGAAACGGGCUGAUUACCUCGACUGGAACGAGUACUUCAUGGCCACGGCAUUCUUGGCGGCCCGUCGCAGCAAGGAUCCCAAUACUCAGGUCGGAGCAUGCAUCGUCAACGAAGAGCGAAAAAUAGUCGGUGUAGGAUAUAACGGAUUCCCGCUAGGAUGUAGCGACGAUGAGUUCCCCUGGGGUAAGGCGUCCCUUGACCCUCUGGGGACCAAAUACCUGUACGUGUGUCACGCGGAAAUGAAUGCCAUCCUGAACAAGAACAGUUCGGAUGUGAAGAACUGCACAAUGUACGUGGCGCUGUUCCCUUGUAACGAAUGCGCAAAAAUUAUCAUUCAAUCCAAGAUCAAGGAGGUAAUUUACAUGUCCGAUAAGCAUGCACACAAGAAUACGACCAUCGCGGCCAAGAAGAUGUUCGACGCGGCGGGGAUCAAGUAUUGGCAGUUCGUGCCAAGCAAGAGCAGAAUCGUGAUAGACUUUUCGGAAAUCGAUUGGGACAAUCUGAAUCAGCUACCAGCCACUCCGACUAAGAGCAAUGGGCUGAAUUGAAGUACCUUUCAAUAAUAGAACGACGUGUUAUCAAUAAACGAUGAUAAUUUAUUAUAAAUCCUCUCUGCUAUAAAUAGUAGAUUAAUGAUACACCACUUUCAUGACUGUUACAAUGACAAACUUGUUAAAGGAAUUACAAUGCAAUAAAACUUGAGGUGGUACAAAAAUAAA